GUACUGUUUUGGCCGGUUUGUUUGAAUUUGACGUUGGCGAAUUUGUUUUGGUCAUGGGUGUAUAACGUUUUGGUUCCGGAUCCUCUAGGCUACUAAAAGUGACGCCUGUUGGAGAUGGAGGAGGCUGAACACAGCUGUAAGAAAUGACAAGGAGUCCUGAAUUAUUGGAGCAGCGACAGAUGAGCUUAUAAGAGGUGCGAAGCUGCGGAUCCCUGAGCUAAUGAGAUGGAGGAAGCAUACAGUGAACUGUACCAGCAGUUUCUUUGCCUGAAGUCACUUUGCCUGAGACAGGCAGCUUUGCUACAUCACCUCACUACGGCUUUGAAGCAGCAGAAAGGUGCCAUUGUUCCUAAUGGAGAGUUGAGUGACAUGAUGUCCAUCCCGAUCCAGUGUACCAAAGAAAUCCCUGUCUGUCUCCAUGAAAGGACUCAACCACUAACAGUCACAGCACGCAACCCUGAAGCACAGUGUGGCAUUGAUCCCCUUUUGUGGGGAAACGUGGGGACUUUUUCUGACCUCCUCACUGAAGAUAUGUCUAAGCUCAGUGUGGAUGUGCCUCGUCAGGGAAAGGAAGACGGGAAGUUGGAGCCAAAGGUUGCACCCCUUUCAAGUGUUGACUUUACAAGAUGUCAAGGAGCCUGUUCCAAUGUCUCCAAUACUCUGGGAAGAGAUGCUCAUCGUAGUGGAGACUGUACAAAGCACACAGGGAGUACGCCUGCGACCGGCAGCGCCUCCCUGGUUGGAGACCUCCUGAGUCAGUCUGGUGGGUUGCUGAUGUCAGACGUGGCACUGCAAUCUCAGGUUUGUGAGUUCUGCCAGGCAGUUUUCCCCGGAGACACAACAACCAGAGGAGAGUUCCUACGACAUCUUUACACUCACAUCAGCUAGACUCAACUGGUGUGGAGCAGGUGUAACUCUGUUUGAAAUUGAACUGCUUUUCACAUGAUGAACCUUUUGCCUAUAUAGACCACUAUGCAGAUGUAGUUGUGUGAUCAUUUUCUGUCUAUGAAAUGUAAAAUGAAAGGUAGAAAACUUCCUAUGCUUUAAUUGUACUAGUUCAGUGUUCAGUGUACUAGUUUGCCUGGUUUGCCCGAUUGCCUGGCCUGUGGUAUUGCUGCUUGCAGCUUUCUACAUUUAAUACACUUGCUAUGACAUAGUUGCGUCACAUACCCAAGGUGCGGCUACUCACUGUCAAAAACAAUGGCAAAAUACACUGGUUAAUGGGAAAA